AUGGAUCCCAGCAGCAGCAGCUGCAUGAGCAGCCCACAGCCUCCCCCCCUGCUCUGGGGCUGUGUGAGGAGCUCCCACCCCGAGCUGAGCUCAGCUCCAGGGCUCAGCCACUACCCAGCAGCACCGUUCUCCUUCCAGCAAAAAGCAGAUUUUGCUGCUUACUCUGAUUUCUCAGCCUCCUGCCUGGUGCCAGCUCCCCACAGCUUCCCCCAGGAGCAGCACCCCUCGUUCCAGCACCCUGAGUGGCACCUGGCAGCGCCUGAGGCCACCAGAGGAGCAAACCCAGGGCUGGCCUUGGCUUCUGGAGAGUCAGAGGGCAGCAGCACCAGCCUGGUGAGCGUGGCUGUGGAUGAGGAUGAUGAGGCACCAGCAAAUCCUACAAGUGACUCUGAGAAAAAGCCAUCCAGAAGGAAAAAGGAAAGCUCAGAGACCCAGAACUCCAGCAAUAAGGCAGAAAGCAGCAGCAGAUCAAGGAAGGAAAGGACAGCAUUCACCAAGGAGCAGCUGAGGGAGCUGGAAGCUGAAUUUGCCCACCACAACUACUUGACAAGGCUCAGGAGAUACGAGAUAGCUGUGAACCUGGAUCUCACUGAAAGACAAGUCAAAGUGUGGUUUCAGAACAGAAGAAUGAAGUGGAAACGUGUUAAAGGUGGGCAAGCAGUGCCCCCACACGAACAUGACAUGGAGGAUGUGGACUCUGCUGCCUCCCCCAGCUCUGAGUAA